ACUGACUCUGUCAUUAGGGGGCGUUCCUCAAAUCCUCAUUGACAAGAAAUAAAAGAUGGACGUCAAUAAAGAACCUCCGCCGUUAUUUGAUGAUAUUAAUAGUGAUACAAAGGAUUUAGAUGAUGAUAAUGAUGACAUUUUUGCAUCCGCCAUACAGGAUCGUUCAUUUAUGGAAAGGUCAUCUCCCUUUAAUGGAGUUUCAUCAGCACAAUCAGAAUUACCAAAAUUAUCACUGAAAGACACAGUUGAAGAAAAUUCAUUUUCUACAGUUUCGAGUCCUGCCCCUGGACCACUGAGUCCUCUCAUGGGAAAAGAUAUGGAUGAUCUUCAAGAUGUUCCAAUCAACGAUAAUGUGGAUAAUAAAUCAAGUACGAUUCUACAGUCACAAAGUCAAGAAAUGACACCAACAGAAUCGUCGGAGACAUUUUUGAAAAUCACCGUGACUUCACCGCAAAAAGUCGGCGAGGGAAUGGGAGCCUAUGUUGCCUAUCGAGUAGAAACAAAAACUAAUAUGCCCAUUUUUCGAAGCCGAAAUUUCACUGUAGUUAGACGAUUUAGUGAUUUUCUUGGACUCCAUGACAAAUUAACGGUUAAAUAUCUUAGAAAUGGUAGAAUCAUUCCGCCCGCUCCUGAAAAAAGUGUCAUCGGUAUGACAAAAAUAAAAAUGUCAGGCGAUAAGAAUCAGGAGACAAAUUCAAGUUCAACUGAGUUUAUCGAACGUCGCCGAUCAGCUUUAGAGAGAUAUUUGAAUCGUACAGCCGCCCAUCCAAUGCUUGGCGUUGAUCCCGAUUUCAUCGAUUUUCUAAAGACCGAUAUGGAAUUGCCUAAAUCAACGAAUACUUCCGCAUUGAGUGGAGCUGGAGUGAUGAGGUUAUUCAACAAAGUUGGAGAAACAGUGAAUAAGAUCGCUUACAAAAUGGACGAAACUGAUACGUGGUUCGAGGAGAGAACGUCACAAAUUGACUCCUUGGAUACGCAAUUACGAGCUUUACAUUCCGCUGUCGAGACAUUGACAUAUCAGAGGCGAGAGCUUGCAAAUUGCACUGGUGCAACGGCAAAAGCAAUCGCUGUUCUCGGGCAUGGCGAACAGGAAGCUGCCCUUGGAAGAGCUUUAGCACAAUUAGCUGAAACUUUGGAGAAAAUCGAGGUCGUCAGAAAGGCACAAAGCAAUAGUGAUCUCUAUCAAUUUGGUGAAAUGCUACGAGAAUACGUUACAUUAAUUACAGCCAUAAAGGAAGUGUUUCACGAGAGAGUAAAAGUUUUUCAAAAUUGGCAACACGCACAAAUGAUGUUGAACAAAAAGCGUGAGCAGAAAGCACGUCUCGAGCAGGCAGGUCGCAAUGAUAAAACAAGUCAAGCAGCAACCGAGGUCGUCGAAUGGGAAUCAAAAGUCGAACGGGGUCAAGAGGAAUUUGACAAAAUUUCGCAAAUGAUAAAAAAAGAGGUGGAACGAUUUGAAUUGAUAAGAGUCGAUGAUUUUAAGAAACAAUUAAUACAAUAUUUAGAGAAUAUGUUGAAACAUCAAAAUCAAUUGAUUCAACAUUGGGAGAGUUUUCUACCUGAAGCACGCGCUGUCGCGUGAAUAUUCCAUUUCUAGUUUUUAAGAGAAUAUUUUUUAUCAAAAAAAAAAAAAAAGAAAGAAAGAAAGAAUUCACCUGCCUAGGAUAAUUUAAAAUGUGCGUGUAUAAAAGAUCAAAUCGUGCAAUGUAAUAAGAAAGAAUUAAGUUAAGAGAAUCGUUGCAAAACACGAGAAGAGAAAAAAAACAAAAGAUUGUAAAUUUUUCAUUCCUGAGAUAUUCAUAGAUCUUAAUUAAAUUUACAUUCAAUGAAUUUAAUUAUAAUCGGAUAAGCAGUUUUUUUAAACAAUGAAAUUUAAAGCAUUUAUUAUACUGUCAAUUUCGUCUUUGAAUUUAAAAGAAAAAGACAAAAUUUGUGUAUUCUACAAGGUCCAAGUAUCAAAUCUUUUUCUUGAUAUGUAUUGAAAGUAUAUUAUCAUUGCUAUUAUUAUCAAACACUGUAACUAUAAUCUAUCUUUUAGCAAUUGUUAUUCGACAAUAAAAUUCAGUUAUGCAAAUA